GUUCAAGUUGCUGAAGCAAAGAUUACACAUGUUAUUCAACUUAAACAUACAUUGGAUCUGGUGCCACGUUUGCAGGGAGUCCUGAAAGAGUGCAACACUGCUCUACUAAAGGCAUACAGCACCUCCCUGGAAGACAACAGAUUUGACAUGAUCCUAGAACAGAUCAAGACUGUGAUCAAUGAUGACACGACGUAUCUGAAGGGGAGUCUGAACAUGCGCACCCAGAAAUGUUACGCAGUCAAGCCAAACAUCAAUGAGUUCCUGGACAUUGCCCGCAGAGCCUACACUGAAAUAGUGGAUGACAUUGCAGCACUUGUGAACCAAAUGGGACAGAAAUAUGGCUUACCAAUGCGAACAAGUUUCAGCACCGCUCGUGGUUUUUUUAUCCAAAUGAAGUUAGAUGGAAUAGUGCUACAAGAUGACAAACUUCCUUCAGAGUUCAUAAAGGUAACCAAGCAAAAGAACAACUACAGUUUCACCACUUCAGAUCUUAUGAAGAUGAAUGACCGCUGUGACGAGGCCCUGAGGGAGAUCUUUCAUAUGUCUUAUGUGGUGAUAUGCCAGUUACUGAGCACUGUCCAUGAGCGCAUCCACUGCCUGUACAAGCUGUCUGAUGCUGUGUCCAUGUUGGACAUGUUGUUGUCACUGGCAAAUGCAUGCACCAUCUCCGACUACGUACGUCCUGAGUUCACAGACACACUGGCCAUCAAACAGGGCCGUCAUCCUAUUCUGGAGCGGAUUGCUGGACAGCAGCCUGUGUCAAAUAAUGCUUACAUCUCAGAGGGCAGCAACUUUGUCAUCAUAACUGGACCCAAUAUGAGUGGUAAAUCCACUUAUCUAAAGCAGGUGGCACUGUGUCAGAUUAUGGCACAGAUAGGAUCUUUUGUGCCUGCUGAAUAUGCAUCGUUUCGAGUGGCUGAUCAGAUAUUUACUAGAAUAGGUGUGGAUGAUGAUUUUGAGACUAGUUCUUCCACAUUCAUGUUGGAAAUGAAAGAGGCUUUCACUCUGUUUGCCACCCAUUUUCUGGAGCUCUGCCAACUGGAGUCUCUGUACCCAAACGUGGAGAACCAGCACAUGGAGGUUCAACACACACGCAAUGUUGAAACUGGGGAUGAGAAUGUGGUCUAUACAUACUUGAUAAACAGAGGAUGUUCUGAAGAAAGACAUUACGGCCUCAAAGCAGCAGAAAUGACUGCACUUCCUCCAGCCAUUGUCCAUGAGGCCAAGACAAUUGCCUCUAAUGUCAGCCAGCAGCUCAUGGGCAACAUACAGAGUGAUCCUGAGACACAGAUCGAAAGGGCAGUGUACCACUUGGCCACCCGUCUCCUACAAACCGCAAGGAACUCCAGGCUGGACCCUGAAAGUUUGCGCAUGUACCUGAAAGGCCUGAAGAAACAGUAUGAAGCAGGCAUACAGGCUGCACAACAGCUAGCUGCAUCUGUGGAGACUGAAGAGGAAUGACUGAGUCAGCCUUGGUAUUGGGAGGGGCCCUCAAGUUGAGAUCUUGGAAUUCAGUAAUAAUUAGCUUUGGGUUGUU